UCUCUCUCGCUCUCCCCCCGCGGCUCGUCUCGUCUUGUCCCGCAGCCCGACAACAGAAGCUCCAUCCGGGGGUCCGACUCACUGCGAACUGAGCUCCCACGGCAGUCAGUCAUGGCGGCGCCGUUAGCCCACUUCGACGAGGACUGGCAGGACUUCAACGAAUUCAAGCCGUCCUCGGAGUCCGCCGAGCGGCUGGACCAGCUCAACUCGAACGUGGGCGAGCCGUCGGGCCUAGACGACUUCUCCGACCUGGACAACAGCUUCUCCGGGGAGAUAUGCAGCUUCAAGUCGAUGGAGGACCUGGUACACGACUUCGACGAGAAGCUCACGGUGUGUUUCCGAAACUACAACACCACGACGGAGAACAUCGCCCCGGUCAAGCCCAUCACGGAGGAUAAUUACCUGAAGGACGACGAAGUGUGGAACGCUCUGACCGAUAACUACGGCAACGUGAUGCCGGUGGACUGGAAGACGUCUCACACUCGCUCCCUGCACCUGCCCACCCUCAACCUCAUCCAGCACGAGAAGCUGGACAACCAGUCUCUGGACCUGUCGGACGACGAGGAGCUGAGGGAGCAGAUGGACAUGCACUCCAUCAUCGUGUCCUGCAUCAACGACGAGCCGCUGUUCACGGCCGAGCAGGUGAUAGAGGAGAUCGAGGAGAUGAUGCAGGAGUCUCCAGACCCAGACGACGACGAGAGCCCGUCUCAGUCCGACCUGUCCAUGCUUUCUCAGGACCUCCACGCUCUGAAACGCUCCGGCUCCAACACCAGCUACGAGGACCGCCUCCGUCAGCUGUCGGUGUCGGAGCUCACAGAGACCCUGGAGGAGGUGGAGACGGCGAUCCGGCGUUUCAGCGAGGAGCUGAUCCAGGCGUUAGCGCUGAGAGACGAACUGGAAUACGAAAAGGAGGUGAAGAACAGCUUCAUCUCGCUGCUGAUCGACGUCCAGAACCGGCAGAAGGAACACCGCGAGCUGCUGAGGAAGAAGAAGAAAAUCCGAAGUACGACCACGACGGGAGCCAACGGCCAGAGGACGGCGAGCACGCACAUCCCGGGAACGCUCCUCACUCUGGAGGGACUCUCCAAUGUCAUUCAGAAUGGCAUCCGUCAAACUUUUGGCACCACAGGAUUGGACAAACAGUACCUGACCACCGUCAUCCCUUAUGAGAAGAAAUCAGGUUCUCCGUCUGUAGAAGAUCUGCAGAUCCUCACAAAGAUUCUUCAUGCCAUGAGGGACGACAGUGAGAAGGUUCCUGCUCUCCUAACAGACUACAUCCUCAAAGCUCUGGUAUGAGAGCAGCGGAAACGAGUUCUCUGUCCCACGUAAACCCGGAGAGGAACCUCCAGAGCCGACCGUCGAACCUCCAGCAGGCGGUUCUGGUGACGUGGAAACAAGAUCUAAACCUUCCUCCUUCACAUCCUAGACUUUCCUUCCUCGUCGGUAUUUUUUACUCCUGAGAUUUUAACUCUUCUUUAACGUUCUGAUGCUUGAGUCUCUGUCUGUUCUCACUGCAUGAUGCCAGUACUCAGUAUUAGCCGCCUUGCUAACAAGGCGUUUUUAACGAAUCCCGACAGAAUCUGUGAAUUUUCCAGGAGCGUCGUGGUUUCAAGCAUUACUCCUGUUUUUAUUUAUUUUUCUCCUGUAGAUUUUGCAUUAAUGAUUAAGAAGCUUGCUGAGGAUCAAAGAGCAAAACCCUUUAAUUUAACGGUAGGUGCUUUUGUUAGCUGCAUGUUGGCUUCGGGUUUAUGCUCAGCUGAAUGUCAGAGGAGGAUUCUGGUUUAUUUCAAACUGCAAAAUUAGCUCCCUGCUGCUAAUGCUAACUCUGUGUCCUGCUAAACGCAGUUUCUAUGAAUUUCAAGUGUGUUUAAUGGGGCACAGUUAGCAUUAGCUCCCUGCAACUCUCCAAAAAACACAUGAUUUAUACAUGAAAUAUUUAAGAAAUUCAGUCUGAAUGAAAGGAAACUCGGAGAAUGGCCUUUAGUAGGACGCAGUUAGCAUUAGCUUCCUGCAGCUAAUGCUAAUUGUUUCUAUGAAUGUCAAGUGUGUGUAGCAGGACACAGUUAGCAUUAGCUCUCUGCAGCUUUACAAAAAGACAUGAUUUCUACAUUAAUUAUUUUUUAAAAAUUCAGCCUUUAGCAUCUCAAAGUCUUUGGCAGGAUACAGUUAGCAUUAGCUCCUUACAGCUAAUGCUAACUGCGUCCCACUAACCACAGUCUCUAUGACUCUCAAGUGUGUUUAGUGGGACAGAGUUAGCAUUAGUUUCCUGUAGCUUUACAAAAACACGUGAUUUUAUACAUGAAUUAUUUAAAAAAUUCAGUCUGAUUUUAGCAGGACACCGUUAACAUUAGCUCCCUGCAGCUAAUGCUAACUGUCCUGCUAAGCACAAUUUCUAUGAAUCUGAAGUGUCGUAAGCAGGGAGCAGUUAGCAUUAGCUCCCUGCAACUUUUGGUAACUAUUUCUAUGACUCUCAAGUGUGUUUAGCAGCAUACAGUUAGCAUUAGCUCUCUACAGCUUUACAAAAACACAUGAUUCAUACAUGAAUUAUUUUAAUUGUGGAACUCAUAAAGGAUAUUCUGUUCUAUUUCAAAAUAUUCAGUCUAAAUGAAAGGAAACUCAGAAAUUAACCUUUAGCAGGACACAGUUAGCAUUAGCUCCCUGCAGCUAAUGCCAACUAUUUCUGUGAAUCUCAGUUAGCAUUAGCUGCAGGAAGCUAAUGCUAACUGUGUCAAGUGUCUCAUCUCAAGUGUGUUUAGCAGGACCCAGUUAGCAUUAGCUCCCUAUGUUGGGUCUUUUAGGACAGAUUUGAAGUAAUUUUGGGCCGAUUUUUGAGUCAUUUUGAAAUCUUUUCAUAAUUUGAUCCAUUUCUGGUGGCUAAUUUCUGUGUUUGCACUCCUUUAUCCUUCUUUGUUUUAAUUUAUUUGUGUUUUUCAACAUUGUGUUAGCAUUAAAAUUAUUAGGUGCUUUCUUUAGCAAACAGGCUAAAAUCCGAUUAAAACCUUUCUUCUGUUGUCCUUUAAUAAAUAUAGGUCAUUAAUUAUUAUCAAAAAAUACUGAAAAUGACUGAAAACUUUCUAUGGUGAUAAAUGUUUCUGUUAUAGAGUUCAGUCAGACUAAAAGUUUGAAAUGAUUGAUGUAAAAAUCUGCUUUAGUUUGUGCUAACGGAAGUGAAACGUGUAAAUUUAAGGCGACACUUUGCAGGUUGGAACAAACCAGAAUCCUCCUCCUAAAGUGAAAUAUUUUGUACAUGAUGAGGGAAACUUGCACAGUUCUGGGAACUUUUUACUGUUUUGAAAAAGGGAAAGAGGAGAGAGAAAAGCUUCCGAAGGUUCUCUGCUGGAUGAACAAACGUGGAAAAGCAUAUUUUUGGAUAAAGUCAGAUUGUAAUGUUUUUGUAAGCCUCUGAGCCCGUCUUCAUCCCCUCAUUUCAUGCCGAUACCUCACGUGUCUCGUUGAGCCGCCGCUAGCCGGCUAGUCGUGUCGUGGUUUCUGUUAGCUCGUUAGCUCGUUAACGUUUAGGGAACUCGUGGUAGCACUUUACUCCGUCGUAGGUGAGUUUAGAAACUUUAGCUGAAGUCGUGUAAAGAGUUGUUAUCAAACACCUGUUUUUAGUCACUGUGAGCAAGAAUUCAACCCUAACGAGGUUCUCCACUGAGUUUAGACAGUUUUUAGCAUCUUAUCUGGAUUUUAGGAGCUGAUUUAACGUCUAAAAUCUGAGUUUAACCAUCUGGAAAUUACAGACAACAUAAAAAGACAUUUAAAUUUUUAUUCUAGGCUGCCUUCGUCUUCAUAAUAUGCCCCAAGUUUGGAGUCAUUUUGGACAAUUUCUGUCAUUUUGGACAAAUUUUUGAGUAAUAAUAAAGAAUUUUUAUAAUUUUGGCAAAACUUUUGGUUGUUUUAAGCAAUAAUUGAGUCAUUUUGGAGGUUUUUCUCAGUCUGCCAUCCAUUUACUCUUUGUAGCAACAAGAUUUCUGUCUUUACUCUGCUUCCUAUGAAUUUUUUGUUAUUUUAGAAAAAUAUUGUUUUGGAGACAUUGGGAGCAUUUCUGGACACAUUUCAAUUAAUUUGAGGGCAAUUUCUGUCAAUUUUGCCAAAUUUUUACUAAUAUUAAUGAAUUUUUGUAAUUUUGCCAAAGUUUUAAGUUGCUUAAGGCAAUAUUUGAGUCAUUUUAUAAAAGUUAGAGACAUUUUGGAGGUUUUCUCAAACCUGACAACAGAUUUUACUCUUUACAGAAACUGUUUCCUUUCUUUACUUUGUUUAAUAUAAAAUUUCAUCAUAGUAGCAAAAUUUUACAUCAUUUUGGAGACAUUGGGAGUCUUUGUAGGCACGUUUUAAGUAAUUUGGAGCCAAUUUUUGAGUCAUUUAGCAAAACUUUUGUCAUUUUAGCAAAAUUUUUCAUUAUUCUGGACACAAAUUGAGUCUUUCUGGACACAUUUCAAUUAAUUCAGGAGCCCGUUUUUGAGUUAUUUCGAAAGAUUUUUCAAUAUUUUAGAUAAGUCUUUAAUAAUUCUCAACAAUUUUAGUCACUUUUUGCCAAAGUUUCAAGUUCAAAUGGACAAAUUAUGACUAGAUUUGCCCAGUUUUUCUCAUUUUGACAAAAUUUCACAUUAUUCUAGAAACAUAUUGAGUCUUUUAGGACACAUUUUCAAUCAUGUGGGGCCAAUUAUUAAGGUAAAUUUUCAUCUUGGACUGAUUUAGAGUAGUUCUCAACAAUUUUGCUCAUUUUUUUGCCAAAAUUUCAAGUUCAUUCAGACAAAUUUUGAUCCCAAACUUUUGUUCAUGUUGGCUAUUAGUAAGAGUAGUAUUUAACAUUUUCAUCAUUUAGCAUCUCAUCAGUUGUUCAUCAGUUCUUUUGGAGACCUUCUGAGUCUUUUAGGACAUGUUUUAAAUCAUUUGGGGCCAAUUUGUAAGUUGCAUUUUCAUCUCAGAUCGAUUUAGAGUAACUCUGAACAGUUUUUCUCACUUUUUGCCAAAGUUUCAAGUAGAAACGGACAAAUUCUGAGUAAAGUUUCGGUUUUUGUCAGUGGAAAUGUUCAGCUAAACCAGUGGAUGAACCUCCAGAUCACCAGCUGCUCCAGGAGCUCCAGCCGCCUCCCGUCACAUCAGGUGUAGCUCUCAGGUACGACGUUAGCGCGAGACGACGCUCCUUUUAUCUCCUGAAGCGCGACUAAACAACCCAGGUAGCAUGGCAGACUGUACUGCUAACCAACGUUAGCCGUCGUAGCUUCUGUAGCGGUCGGUUCACUUUUACUGGACUCAGAUCCUUUAUUCUAUUUAACUCUUACUAUGUUUCUCUAUGAAGACGUGGAGCACCGAGCAUGAGCUGCAUGCACUUUACUGGUUCGUUUACAGACUGAUGAACGUCACACUAAAGGGACGAGUGCAUGUGAAGCUUGACAUUUAAAACCAGAAAUCUGAACCGCGUUUGAUCCCGUCUGGUUGCUGUUUUCUAAAGCAGGAGGCCUCGGCAGACAUAUCAGAGUAUAACUACACUUUAGAGAUUUAUAUUUGUACAACAAGCAACAGAAUAAUAAGAAUAAAACAGAGGCUGCCUUUGUAAAUGCCUGGAAAUCUUUGUACAUGUAACAAAUUCCUUUUUUUUUGUUUGCUGUUGUUUUUAAUGCAGAAUGAUCCCCAGUCUGGGGUUUUAUAAUUCCUGUCUCAUGUGGUACUGCGUCAUUUUAUUAAUUUAUUCUGUAAAUGUUUGUUUUGUAACCAUAUUAUUGACUGUAACGGUACAAGUGUUUGUGCCCUCAUCGCAUUGCAACUCAUUUCAAAUAAAAACGGAGAUACGAGA